AUGUAGAAUUUAUUCAAAUUUCUUAAGGUCCUAUUCAGAGUUUAGGCUAUCAUACCUUUUAAAGAGAAAAUUGCUAUCAUUGAUAAACUCAAUAUAACCAUAAACCAGUUUUGUUAUGUGACAAACUAUGAAUAUGGAAAUAUAGAAGAAUUCAUUUCGAUGAACAAAAAGAACCUUUUAAGUAAGGCAAUUUCUAAGAGGAAUAGCACGAGUUAGAAAGGGUUUGAAAAAAAGAUUUUGGAUGCAGAACAAUACAUUGAAUAAAUAGAUAAUAAGACGAAAAUCAAAUUCGAAUAACUAUCAUCUUUAUACAGUUUGAAAUAAAUUGCUGUUAAAAUAAUAGUAAAUCUGCUGUUGAUAGCUUUGAUAAGCAUUGCUGGAGUUGUCACAAUUUAUUGUACUAUUAAUAAUAUAGAGUUGUUUAAUAAGAAUUAAUUUAUGUUUAAUAGUUAAAACGUUUGGAUAUUGCCUGCUCUAAAAGAAAUAUUUACUAGUUAAAACCAUGAUGAUUAUUCUUUUAAUGAUACAAAUGCUUUUAUAAUUCUUCAAGCUUAUUUUGAUCAAAUAUAAUCAGAGUUUCCGGUGUACUACCAAUCAGAUAUUGAUGAAAUCAUCUACUUUUUUGAUAAUAAUAUUUGUGAUGGCGACACAUAAAUAAACAUGGAUUAAUGCACUCGUAGCAUUAAUGGAGCAUUAACUAGAGGAAUCAGAGAAUAUGAUUAUUUACUAUCUUAGGUAGCUCUCAAAUUGUUACUCCCAAAAGACGAAAGAUAUGACAAUAUAACAUAUUCUGCUAUAUAUGAGUUUAAUAAGUUAUAUUACUUCGUUUUUGAUCAUUACAUUCUAGCAAAGGACAUAUGGGUAUCAGUCUCGAAAGCAACUUUAGAAAAGCAUGAUUACAUCAGUUUAAUAUUAUUAAUAACUGUUAUUAUAGGAAUGUGUCUUUAUUUUAUAAUAUUUAAUGAAAUAGGGUAUGUGUUGCUAAAAAAGAAGGAGUACAAAUUUAUAAAAAUGUUCUAUAAAUCAUUCAUGCCCAAUGUCUCAAUUAAUUAGCAAAAGCGAUUAAGAGUUGAAUUAAUCAAAGCAAGAUUCAUAAGAAAAUGA